CUCACCUGUCCCAUUCGGACGCCCGCGGUGGUUCCUCCACGCUCCAGCGCCGCGCGCCCAGGUCACCUGGCAGUGUUGUUUACAGUUUCGGGGCAGUUUACACCGAUCAACCGGGGAGUGCAGCGCCGACUUACCGAACAUGAAACUGCUGCGUAUCACUUUGUUUCUCCUCAUUUGCCUGGCAGCUCCAUCAAAAGCCAGGCCACAAGCAGAUGUGGCCAGGAAGUGCAAGUCUGUGGACCUGGUGUUCAUCAUUGACAGUUCGAGGAGCGUGCGGCCCCAUGAAUUCGAGACCAUGCGCAAGUUUAUGAUAGACAUCAUCAAUACGUUGGAUGUGGGGGCCAACGCCACACGGGUGGGCGUGGUGCAGUACUCGAGCCAGGUCCAGAAUGUCUUUUCUCUAAAGAGCUUCUCAAAGAAGCAAGACAUGGUGAAGGCCAUCAAUCAGAUCAUCCCCCUGGCACAAGGCACCAUGACGGGCCUGGCCAUCCAGUACGCUAUGACCGUGGCCUUCUCCCGAGGGGAAGGUGCCCGACCCGGCAUUCCCGAUGUGGCUGUGAUUGUGACGGACGGCAGGCCGCAGGAUCGCGUGGCCGAGGUGGCUGCUGCCGCACGCAACAGGGGCGUUGAGAUCUUUGCGGUGGGCGUAGCUAGGGCUGACAUGACCUCUCUGCGUGCCAUGGCCUCCCCACCCUUAGAGACGCACGUCUUCCUGGUGGAGUCCUUCGAUCUUAUCCACAAGUUCGGCAUGCAGUUGCAGGGCACUAUCUGUGGCCAGGAUCCCUGUCUGGACUCCGACCACGGCUGCGAGCACAUCUGCGAGAGUUCGCAAGGCUCCUACCACUGCGAGUGCCUCCCCGGGUAUCGCCUCAACACCGACGGCAAGACCUGCUCAGUGGUGGACCUGUGUGCCGAGGGGAAGCAUGAGUGCGAGCACAUCUGCGCCAGCUCCCCAGGGUCGUACACCUGCAGCUGCCGCGUUGGAUACACACUCAAACAAGACAAGAGGACUUGCAAAAUGGUGGACCUGUGUGCCGAGGGGAAGCAUGAGUGUGAGCAGAUCUGCACCAGCUCCCCAGGAUCGUACACCUGCAGCUGCCAAGCUGGAUACACACUCAACCAGGACAAGAAGACCUGCAAAAUGAUCAACUACUGUUCGUUCGGGAAUCACAGUUGUCAACAUGAGUGUGUCAGUGUCCUGAAUGGCUAUUUUUGUCGCUGUCAUGAAGGAUACACACUCCAGGACAAUGGGAAGACAUGCCUGCAGGAUGACCUCUGCAACACGGUGGAGCACGGCUGUCAGCAUCGGUGCGUGAGCACCCCGGGGUCCUACUUUUGCGUCUGCCCCGAGGACCAGCAGUUGCAGGAGGACGGCAAGAGCUGUGGCACCUGUCGAUCUGCCAAUAUUGACCUCGUGCUGCUCAUUGACGGGUCCAAGAGCGUCCGGCCUCAGAAUUUUGAGCUCGUCAAAAAGUUCGUGAAUCAGGUUGUGGACUCGCUGGACGUGUCUGCCCACGGCACUCGCGUGGGCCUUGUUCAGUACUCCAGCCGCGUUCGUACCGAGUUCCCCCUCAGUCGCUACCAGGCUGCCGAGGACAUCAAGAACGCCGUCAUGAAGGUGGAGUACAUGGAGAAGGGCACCAUGACUGGCCUUGCCCUUAAACACAUGGUGGAGAACAGCUUCACGGAGGCCGAGGGGGCCCGCGCAGCCAGCAGGAACAUCCCCCGAGUGGGCUUGGUUUUCACAGACGGCCGCUCUCAGGACAGCAUCGCAGAAUGGGCAAAAAAGGCAAAAGAUGCUGGUGUAACGAUGUACGCCGUGGGUGUCGGGAAGGCAGUCGAAGAUGAGCUCCGCGAGAUCGCGUCCGAGCCGGUCGACAAGCAUUUCUUCUACUCUACCGACUUCACGGCCAUCAACCAAAUUGCAGAAAAUCUGAAGCUCAACGUCUGCGCAGAGGAGAGCCAGGGAGAGGUGGAGGUCAAAGACCCAUGUGCCUGUGACAGCCAGGUGGAUUUCCAGCAGGCCACCAUGACAGCCCUGGAGCAGCUCGGUCAGAAGCUGUCUGCGUUGACUGCUCGGCUGGAGGACCUGGAGAAUCAGCUUUUGUCUCGAAAAUAAGGGCUUCCUGUUUGUUUCUCUAUCAUCAGAUGUUUUAUCUUUAGCUCAAAGUGUUCUUGUGCAAAACACUCUUGAUCUGCAGUGAUAAGCAAUGCCAGAAAGAUAUUGUACUCAUAGAGAAUCCUUCCCGAUGAACUGGGCCAAAAUACGUUUUUUUGUCAUUUUUUUUUAUUAGUAUUAUUUUAUUUUAAAUUCAGUCCCUCUGGGGAAGUGAUUUGACUUUUUUGCUUACCAAACUUUUGAAUGCUCACCCUGGAAGUGUUACUGAGUGACUUUUUAUACACGAUGAUGAUGAUGGUUAAAUUCAAUCAAGAAUCUUUUUGCAAUGCAUAUAAAUGCCUCUUUUGAAUCUCUUAAAUUUAUGUUGUCGUAUCCCACAAUCACUAUAUCGCUUAUAAAGUAACAAACAGAUCAGGUACUGUUUGUCAAGGAUAGUUAAUGCAACUAAAAACAAGAACCAGGUUCUGACUAAAAUUAUUUUUUUUGCCACUAAAAACAUGAACUAAAGAAACAUAUAGUUUCAUGGUAAAUUUGCUCCCACAUGAAUGUAUCUUAUAAAUUAAAUGAAAAAAUGAAUAUAUAAUUUACUAAAAUACCAAUUAUGUAUAUCCAGACAUUUAGUUUGAUCAGUUUCUUCUCAGAGACUGGACACAUUAAUGUAAACAUUGGCCUACUGUAUACUCCCAAAACUAGAAUAAUCCCAUAAUUAGAUAUUUUAGGUUGAGCUGUUCAGUCCUUAUUCAUGGAUUUCUAUUGGAAAAAUUGGAAAUAUUGUGCAAUUUAGCCAAAUGAAAUGCAAACUUCACUCUGUAUGACUGGUUAAAUGUCCUACGUUUGAACUAAUAAAAAGCGUGAUGCCGAAAAUAAUGAUGACCAUAGAAAUUAAUUAUUUAAAAUGAUAUCUUGAAGUUGUCCAGUAGCUGGGAGCUUGUAGACCCUUUCAUUCAGUAACAAUAUUGAGUGCGCCUUAGAAUGCCAGGUUUGGAAAAUAAAGCUAUAAGGGAUUCCCACAUCCUUCAUC